GAUGCCGGGCCCGUGGCUGCUGCUGGCUCUGGCUUUGAUCUUCACCCUAACUGGUAUCCGCGAAUCCGGCGCCUUGCCGGAGGCAGCCCAGGAGGAGGGCGCAGUGACUCCCGGUCUGGGGAACGUCCUGAUGUGGCCAGAACGUCGAUCCUUGAGGAAAGACCUCCGGCGGGUGCGAGGGGACCUGGGUGCAGCCUUAGACUCCUGGAUCUCGAAGCGCCAGCAUCCAGGCAAAAGGGAGGAGGAAGAAGAAAUUGAAGCUGAAGAGAGGGGGGACUUGGGAGAAGGGGGAGCCUGGAAUCCCCACAAACGACAGCACCCCGGCCGCCGUGCCAACCAGGACAAGCAUUCAUGGGUAGACAUGAUGGAAGACAGUGACUGGGUGCCACGGUCCAGGUUGCCACAUUUCUUUCUGGAUUCCUGGUCCUUAGGUAUUCCCCAAGUCAAGCGGCAGCACCCCGGCCGGAGAUCUUUCCCCUGGUUGGAGUCCGAUAUCACCAAGAGGCAGCAUCCAGGCCGGAGGUUCAUAGAUCCCAAGUUUCAAACAAGCUGGGAAGAAAAAGAGGGAGAGGGUGUCCCAAUGCCUGAGAAACGCCAGCAUCCUGGCAAGAGGGCAGUGGGUCACCCUUGUGAGCCCCAGGGGACUUGUGGCCAAACAGGCCUGCUCCAGCUCCUAGGUGACCUGAGCAGGGGCCAGGAGACCCUGGAGAAGCAAAGUCCACAGUUGGAAGCCUGGGACGGGGAGCCUCUGGAGGACUAAGCCCAGAGUCAGGUUUUAAAUCUAGGAUGACUGAGCCCUGUGUGCCCUACCCCAUCUCCUUCACCUUUUCCCCUUAGGUAUUAAACCAGAGCCCUCUGUACAUAGCAUCCACCCAACCCCCUUCCUUACCCACUUCAGGGAUCCCAGUCAGGACGUUAAAGCCCUACUUGUCCCUGCAAACAAGAGGGGCUGAUCUCAUUGUCAUUGUCCUUGUCCCCAACAGCCCCACCGUCUCACACCCCCUCAGCACUGAUGGUUCUUCCACAUCUUCUAAGGGACCUCCUCAGAAAGGGUGGAAUUGAAAAGUUUGGGUGUUAAAGUCCGACUUCCAUCUUCUGCCCCAUGUGACAAGGCUGACCUGGUAUAAUUUCAGAACCCUCUCCCCCAAGGCUGGGGGCCCUGGGCAGUGUGGGGGAUAUUCAAACAUGCCCUGGGUGAGGGGUGUCACAUCUUGUAUAUACCCCUGCUCUUGUUAAUCUCAACAACAAUAAAAUAUAUCC